GUGAUACAUCUCUCUCCGGGUCACCGCAAUACAACUUGUAUCAGAUUACAUGCUAAGUUAGCGUGGGAUGCACCCUAUAAGUUCAUAAGUCUGCACUUGCAAGCACCAAACAAAUUGUCAACGGGGUGCUAUGUGGAUCUGUAGGACGUAGUAUAAAGGCUGGUAGGUUCCAGCUGUCAAUCAAGAUGACCCUCUACCCGUCCUGGGUCAUUAUUUCUAUUAUUGUGCUUCUCACCUGUCAAGUUUUGGCACAAUUUGACUCACAAUAUGAUGACGAAGAUGAAGAUAUAACCAUUUGUUUGUAUGACAAUGUAUCAUAUCAAGAUGGAGAAGAAUGGUAUCCAGACCCUUGCACAACAUGCAAAUGCUUUUCUGGAAAUCCAGUAUGUGAAACAGAAAAAUGUCAAGAAAUUGAAUGUAAAACUCAUGAGUUCAUUCCAUUAGGAAAAUGCUGUCCUAUAUGUGCAGAUGAAGAAGAAGGAACUGGAGGUACAACUGAUGUACCAAGGCCACCAGAUCCAGGUCUUCCACGAGAACCUGUGAUACCUGUUGUAGGGGUUCCUGGAGAAAGGGGAACUCCUGGAGAACAAGGAUUUCCUGGAAGACCAGGAGAAAGGGGCCAACCUGGUGAGUCAGGCGCUCAUGGAAUACCAGGAAUGCCAGGUCCGCCAGGACCUCCUGGAGAUGUAAGUAUUUUUAACAUUUUUUGUUUGUUUAUUUUACAAGGACCACAGGGAUUUCAAGGAAUACGAGGAGAACCAGGAGAACCUGGACCACCAGGACCACCAGGUCAAAUUGGUGAGAGAGGUUUACCUGGUUUACCUGGAAAAGAUGGAGAACCUGGAGAAGAUGGUAGAAUGGGACCACUUGGACCUGCAGGACCUCCUGGACCAAGAGGUUUGCCUGGAAUGCCUGGCCUUCCUGGAGCCAAAGGACACAGGGGAUUUCCAGGGUUGGAUGGUGCAAAAGGUGAACAGGGACCAACUGGAGAAAAGGGUCCACCUGGACCAAGAGGUGAACGUGGUAGAGAAGGACCACCAGGACCACCUGGACCAAUUGGAAGACCAGGACCUCCAGGCUUUCCAGGAUCUCCUGGCUCCAAGGGUCCACCUGGACCAAGAGGUGAACGUGGUAGAGAAGGACCACCAGGACCACCUGGAAUAAGAGGAGAUUCAGGUGCAAAAGGUGAAACUGGAAUAAAAGGUGAACAAGGUACUGCAGGACCAAGAGGAUUGCCAGGAACUCCUGGAUCAGCAGGAAAAAGAGGAAUAAGAGGAGAUUCAGGUGCAAAAGGUGAAACUGGAAUAAAAGGUGAACAAGGUACUGCAGGACCAAGAGGAUUGCCAGGAACUCCUGGAUCAGCAGGAAAAAGAGGUAAAAUGGGAUCACCUGGACCACCGGGUCCUCCUGGUUCAGCUGGCGAAAGAGGUAGUCCUGGUCCACGAGGUCUUCCUGGAUCUGAUGGUCCUAUUGGAAUGAAGGGUACUCAAGGAGAUCGUGGUCCUCAUGGUCCUCAAGGUUCUAAAGGUUCUCAGGGAGAAACUGGAAGACCUGGACCACCUGGAUUACAAGGACCCAGAGGCUUGCCAGGUCGUCCUGGAAUUCCUGGAAAAGAUGGAGCACCUGGAGAUAGAGGUCCUCCAGGAGCAGAUGGUAAACCUGGUGAACAAGGCCCACAGGGAAUUCAAGGUGUACCUGGAAUGAUAGGAUUACCAGGAGGAAAAGGAGAUCAAGGUGAAGCAGGACAAGAUGGUUUACCAGGACAGCCUGGUCCACCAGGACCAAGAGGAGAUUCAGGAAAAGAAGGAUCUCCUGGUCCAGCAGGGCCAUCUGGGCCUACUGGAGAACCAGGAGAGAGGGGUCCUCCUGGUCCUCAGGGAGCAAGAGGAUUUCAAGGUUUACCAGGCAUACCUGGAAAUCCUGGUCAAGCAGGAAAAGAUGGAGAACCCGGAUUGCCUGGUCCACCUGGUCCAGCUGGAAUAAAUGGAGAAAGAGGUGAAAGAGGAUUUCCCGGGGAAAGAGGAAGACCAGGUGCACCAGGACCACCUGGAGCCCAGGGUGAACAAGGACCUAUUGGUCAAGAUGGAAUAAAAGGUCCACCUGGAGAAAAAGGAGCUAAAGGUCAUUCUGGUCCUAUUGGUUUACAAGGUGCUCAAGGUGCAAGAGGAGAACCAGGACCACCUGGACAUAAAGGUGAUAGAGGAGAUCAUGGAUCACCAGGUCCAGAAGGUCCUGUUGGGAGACCUGGAGAACAAGGACCUCAAGGCAUUGUAGGACCUGCAGGACCACCUGGGGAAGCAGGAGAAAAAGGUGAAACAGGACCUCCUGGUCCAGAUGGACCUCCUGGUGGACCUGGAAUACAAGGUGACAGGGGUCCACCUGGCCCUCUUGGUCAGCAAGGAUUUCCUGGACCACAGGGUCUUCCUGGUGCUUCUGGUCCUAAAGGUGCUCGAGGUUUGCCAGGUCCAAAGGGUGAUCAAGGUAAUGUUGGAAUUCCUGGACCUCCUGGAGAAACUGGACCUCAAGGUCUUCCUGGACUUAGAGGACCAAAAGGACCAAGAGGAGAAGAGGGGAAAAAAGGUGUACCUGGAAACCCUGGACCUGCUGGACCAGCUGGAAUUGCAGGAAUAAAGGGUGCUCCAGGAGAUGUUGGAAAAAUUGGUGCAGCAGGUCCUUCUGGAAAUCCUGGUCUUCCAGGAUUCCCUGGGCCAAAAGGAGAAGCUGGAGCAGAAGGAUCACCUGGUUUACAAGGGCCCCCAGGUCCAUCUGGUCCACCUGGAGAACGUGGAUUACCUGGAGUUCCUGGAGUUCAAGGACGUGUUGGCCCUCCUGGUCCCAGAGGACAACAGGGUGAAACAGGACCUCCUGGUCCAGAUGGACCUCCUGGUGGACCUGGAAUACAAGGUGACAGGGGUCCACCUGGCCCUCUUGGUCAGCAAGGAUUUCCUGGACCACAGGGUCAUUCUGGAAAAGAAGGACAGCCAGGAAUUAGUGGACGCCCAGGAGAUAAAGGACCACCAGGACCUCCAGGCUUACCAGGUGCUGCUGGUAUUCAAGGUUUACAGGGACCAGUUGGACCUACAGGACCUUCAGGAUUACCAGGAGAACGUGGUGAUCGAGGUGAAACAGGUCCAAGAGGUGUGCCAGGACCUCAAGGUCCUAGAGGUCCUGCUGGACCCACUGGAAAUUCUGGUAUGAAAGGAGAUAGAGGUUUCCAAGGUGAGCAAGGUCCUAAAGGUCAUCGAGGACUAAUAGGUCUACAAGGAUUACCUGGACCACCGGGUAUCCCUGGUGAUAAAGGAAAUGUUGGACCGCCUGGUCCAAUUGGCAUGGAGGGUUCUCCGGGUAUGAAAGGACCACAAGGUAGAGAUGGAAGUCCUGGUCCUCCAGGCAUUCCAGGACCUCCUGGACCACGUGGACCAAGUGGAGAUUCUGGUAAACAAGGCCCACCAGGAUCACCAGGCCCUGCUGGUCCACCAGGACCACCAGGUGAACCUUUUGGUUAUGAUGCAAAUGCAAUAGCAGCAUUAUUAGGUCAAGGACAAGUAAAGGGACCAGAUCCCCUACUAGGUGAUGAACCAGCAAAACUCUUUUCACCCGAAACACCUCUUGAAGAAAAAAAGAAACUCGUAUUUGAAUAUUAUGAUAAAUUGGUUCAAGAAUAUGAAGAAUUCCGAAAACCAUCUGGAAAUAAGGAUACACCCGCUACAACAUGCCGUGAUCUUGCUGUCGCAAGACCAGAAUUGCCUAGUGGUAUGUAUUACGUGGAUCCUAAUCAAGGCGAUAAUAUUGAUGCAAUUGAAGUCUAUUGUGACAUGGAAAAGAGGGCAACUUGUAUUAAAGCCAAACCCGAACAAACAUCGAAGAAAACUUAUUAUAGGGGAAAGAGCCAAUAUACUUGGUUUAGUGAGAUGGAAUCUGGAUUUAUGUUUACAUAUGCAGCUGAUAGAGUACAAAUGACUUUUCUGCAAUUGCAUAGUAAACAAGCCGAACAGAAUAUUACAUAUCACUGCCGUAAUUCUGUUGGAUAUUAUGACGAAGCGAGAAGAUCAUUAAAGAGAGCAGUUAAGUUAAUGUCCUACAAUGAUUUAGAAUUGAUAGCAGAAGGCAAUGCCAUGUUUACUUAUGCUUCUCUAGAAGACAGCUGUCAGCAUCGUUCAAAUAAAUGGGCCAAGACUGUGUUACAAUACAAAACUGACAAGCCACAACGUUUGCCAAUAGUAGAUAUUGCACCCCGUGAUAUUGGUGCUAGAAAUCAAGAAUUUGGUAUAGAAUUAGGACCAGUCUGCUUCUCCUAGUAAAAAAUGAAAAAUUAAAUGACUUUUUAUUUUAAUCUUAUAUGUGUUUUGUGUUGAGAAACAUUUAUGUUUCAUUUCUGCUGCAUAAAAUGUCAUUUUUGAAAAGAUUGCAUUUUGUUUGUUGAUGUAGUACACUGUACUUGUUUUAGUGGUACUUCAAAAUGUAAGAGACCAGAUGAAUCACUGCCAAUGUAAAUGAUGUUUGAUUUCUCAGGCAUAAAUUUGAUCUAUUAUCAGUCCUACUACUGCUCAGUGGGAAAAACACACUGCCAUUUUCUUUGCUCUACUUUCACAUAUUUUUUUAAUUCUCUUUUCAAAAUUAAUGUAAACUAGUCAUUAUAUUGAAAUUAUUGAAAACACUUUAGCACUAAAUGCCUGUCUUUUGGAAAAUAAAAAAAUAAAUUAAUUUAAUAAUAUCAAAAUUGAGUCAUUAAUAAUAUUUCAAACUUUGUUAUUU